CUAGACGAAAUUCUUCCUUAACGAGUACUGAUGCACAUCACUCUCUUUGUUAUUCAAAGGCUUUCUUAACGUCUCCACGAUUAUUAGUUUGCCUACAGGUCUGCAUCAGUGGUAACUGGACCGCAUUACUAAUGUGUAUUUAUCCUACCAAUGGGUGGAUUCGCGUAGUCGACGACCAAUCGUCGCACAGGUGCAUCGAAGUUCUUGUUUUGGUUGAAAGGUGUUUCUUUUCUGUCCGAAACAUUACCGAAAUGUCAAGUCUCUCUGUGCCAUAUACUUCAGAUUGUUAUCGAGAGAACUCGAUGAUUUGGCGACCGUCAUGGCAGCCGGUAUGGCAACCACGUGGCAUUCCUUUACACUCUGACAUGGACUCGCAAGAACUAGACGAAGAGGCUCAGAAGGUGGAAGCCUGGUUGGAUGAUCAUCCUGCUUUCGUUCAGGAUUAUAUGAUACGCAAAGCCACCAGACAGAUGAUGGAUACUUGGAUGAUAGCACACGCCAUACCUCAAGGAAUUUCAUUGGAAUCCGAAUCCUUGCCUAUAAGUCCUAUAUCCAGAACGGGUUCUGGAGGUGCCACUCCAGUUAGAAAGAUAUCUUCGCACGAAUUCGAUCGAGGCGGAUUAUUGAGACCCAUGUUUACCACAGUGGAUGGUACACCUACAUUUUUAGGAAGUCAUUCUUCUAUGGAUGGUACACCUACAUUUUUAGGAAGUCAUUCUUCUAGUAGCGAAAGUCUGGUCACUCCAUGUAUCAGACCCGCUCGAAAGAGCCGCCAAGAACUUCAAUCGCUGAACGAGAAAGAGCUAAUUUUUGAACUCGUAAAAGAUAUAUGCAACGAUCUCGAUGUCAGAAGUCUAUGCCACAAAAUUCUGCAGAAUAUAAUUAUUUUAACCAAAGGGGAUAGAUGUUCCUUGUUUUUGGUCGAAGGCGAAAAGAAUUCUGGAAAUCGUUACUUGGUAAGCCAACUUUUUGACGUUUCUUGUGAUUCUACAGUUGAGGACAUGUUCAACAAAGAAGAAAUUCGUAUACCAUGGGGAAAAGGCAUAGUGGGCUUCGUUGCUGAAAAGAAGGAAGGUGUUAACAUUCCUGAUUGUUAUAAGGAUGCGAGAUUUAAUCAAAAUAUCGAUCAGAAGACGGGUUACACGACGAGAAGUAUGUUAUGUAUGCCCCUCAUGGAUAUCGAUGGGGAAGUUAUUGGUGUGGCUCAAGUGAUCAACAAAAACGGUUCUAAGGGAGAUUUCUUUAAUGUUGACGACGAAAUGGUUUUUGCCCAGUAUCUGCAAUUUUGUGGAAUAGGUUUAAGAAAUGCUCAACUGUAUGAGCGAUCCCAAUUAGAAAAUAAAAGAAAUCAGGUGUUAUUAGAUUUGGCAAGGAUGAUAUUUGAAGAGCAAAGCACCAUUGAACACGUUGUUUACAGAAUUAUGACCCACACGCAAUCUCUGCUGCAGUGUCAAAGAUGCCAAAUAUUAUUGUUAGAUGAAAGAACAAAGGGAAAUUUCUCUAGAGUCUUCGAUCUGGAUGCAUCUGACAUGGAAAAUGAAGAAUCUUUUUCUCGAACAAGUCCAUUUGAAGGAAGAUUUCCCAUUAAUAUUGGAAUAACAGGUUAUGUGGCUGCAACAGGAGAAACUUUAAAUAUUCCAAAUACAUAUGAAGAUGAGAGAUUUGAUCCUAGUGUAGAUGAAGGUACCGGUUUUGUCCAUCAUAGCAUUCUCUGCAUGCCUAUUAGAAAUGCAGAUCAUAAGAUCAUUGGUGUGAGUCAACUUAUUAAUAAACUAAAUGGAUUACCAUUUACAAAAAAUGAUGAGAACCUGUUUGAGGGAUUUGGAAUAUUCUGUGGCAUGGGAAUUCAUAAUACACAAAUGUAUGAAAAGGCAAUCAAGGCAAUGGCAAAACAAAGGGUCACACUUGAAGUUCUAUCAUAUCAUGCAACAGCUCCUUCUGAUGAAGCUCACCAACUCAGUGCUUUGUCUCCCACAUUUAAUCAAGACUGCAUAUUAAAUGAUUUGAAAUUCAAUGAUUUUUGUCUUGAUGAAGAUGAUAUGCUAAAAGCCUGUCUGAAAAUGUUUGUGGAUUUGGAUCUAAUAGAAAGGUUCCAUAUUGACUAUGAGGUAUUAUGUAGGUGGUUACUGAGUGUCAAGAAGAAUUACCGACAAGUAACUUACCAUAAUUGGAGACAUGCAUUUAAUGUUGCACAAAUGAUGUUUGCCAUUCUCUUGAAUACAGAAUUAUGGAAGGUGUUGGGAGAACUUGAAACAAUGGCUCUCAUAAUUGCAUGUCUCUGUCAUGAUUUAGACCAUCGAGGUACUAAUAAUUCUUUUCAGAUAAAAUCAUGUUCCCCAUUAGCUCAGUUAUAUUCUACAUCUACAAUGGAGCAUCAUCAUUUUGACCAAUGCAUAAUGAUACUAAAUAGUCAGGGAAACCAAAUACUCAGUCAUCUGUCACCAGAGGAAUAUUCGCAUGUUGUUCAUGUGCUUGAGCAUGCAAUAUUAGCUACUGAUCUGGCUGUAUAUUUCAGGUUAAGAGGAUCAUUCUUCAGUUUGUUAAAAGAGAGUAGCUAUGAUUGGACAAAUGAAGAACAUAGAGAACUUUUGAGAGCCAUGCUGAUGACUGCCUGUGAUGUUGCUGCAAUAACCAAACCCUGGAAAGUUCAAAGGGUGGUUGCAGAAUUGGUGGCAAGUGAAUUUUUUCAACAAGGAGAUAUUGAAAAAGAAGAAUUAAAGAUACAACCAAUAGAUAUGAUGAACAGAGAUAAAAAAGAUCAACUACCAAUAAUGCAAGUUAGAUUUAUUGAUGCAAUCUGCAUUCCUGUCUAUGAGGCAUUUGCCAAGAUUUCAGACAAAUUGGUACCGCUCUUGACUGGAGUGAAGGAAAAUCGGAAAAAGUGGAUGGAGAUGGCAGAGUCCAACUUUCUAGGAAUAGAAGAAAAUACACGGUGAAUUCGGAAGUUUUGUUUACAAUAAACAAAUAAUUGGCAUAUGAAAAUUGAUAAAAAUUUGAGUUUUAAAGUUUUUAAAAUUUUUUGAGUAAAAUAGAGUAACAAAUUUCCAUUCUGUUAUUAACUGUUUCAUGGAUAAAAGAUUCUUUUUUGUUAAAUUUUGAUUUGGAUUGAAUUACUUUUCAAAGAAUCUUUAAAUUUUUAGAAAUGAUGAUAUAUGGAUAAUAGUUAAUGCCUUACUCUAUUUUAAAGUGAUGAUAUGAAAUUUUAUCAGUGGCAUUAUAAAGUCUGGAUUUUCCUCAUACAAUUUUCAAAAAAAAAAAAAAAAAAUUAA